CGCAUGCUCAGCGUAGUAGCCGGUCAUGGCGGCCGUCUGUGUUUGUACAUGAGGUAGGGGACGUAAUUCUUGCGGUCUGUGACAGAGCGAACCGAACGAAUCGCUGCCAUGGCCGGAGUGUUUGACAUUGAUUUGGACCAGCCGGAGCAAAAUGUCUCCGAUGAUGAGACUGACGAGGCACAAAUCAAUGACAUCAUGGACCAGUGCAGUGGAUUUGACUUCAACAUGGAAGGUUGUGAGAAGAUAGAGAUAUCGGAAGACAACGUCAAUCAGGGGACAGAAAAUAUUAGACCAGAGUGUUUUGAACUGCUAAGAGUUCUGGGAAAAGGCGGUUAUGGAAAGGUUUUUCAAGUUCGAAAAGUUGUGGGAGCUGCUUCGGGCAAAAUAUUUGCCAUGAAAGUCUUAAAAAAGGCAAUGAUUGUACGCAAUGCCAAGGACACAGCCCACACUAAGGCGGAAAGGAACAUCCUGGAGGAGGUGAAGCAUCCUUUCAUUGUCGAUCUCAUCUACGCCUUUCAGACAGGCGGGAAGCUGUACCUCAUCCUGGAGUACCUGAGCGGAGGAGAACUGUUCAUGCAGCUGGAAAGAGAGGGCAUUUUCAUGGAAGACACAGCCUGUUUUUACCUAGCUGAGAUCUCCAUGGCUCUGGGACACCUGCAUCAGAAGGGCAUCAUCUACAGAGACCUAAAGCCUGAGAACAUCAUGCUAAACAAUCAAGGCCAUGUCAAGUUAACAGAUUUUGGAUUGUGCAAAGAGUCGAUUCACGACGGGACAGUGACCCACACUUUCUGUGGUACCAUUGAAUACAUGGCCCCAGAGAUAUUAAUGCGCAGUGGACAUAACAGAGCUGUCGACUGGUGGAGUCUCGGUGCUCUGAUGUACGACAUGCUCACUGGGGCGCCGCCAUUCACUGGCGAAAACCGCAAAAAGACCAUUGACAAAAUCUUGAAGUGCAAGCUCAGCCUUCCACCCUACCUCACGCAGGAAGCCAGAGACCUCCUGAAACGGUUGCUUAAGAGAACCGCCUCGUCGCGGUUGGGAGCGGGUGCUGGCGAUGCCACGGAGGUGCAGGCACACCCCUUCUUCCGACACAUCAAUUGGGAAGAUUUGUUGGCUCGUAAAGUGGAGCCUCCCUUCAAACCUUUCUUGCAAUCAGCUGAAGACGUGAGUCAGUUUGACUCUAAAUUCACCAGUCAAACGCCAGUCGACAGCCCUGAUGACUCGACGCUUAGUGAGAGUGCCAAUCAAGCUUUCCUGGGGUUCACGUAUGUUGCUCCUUCGGUCCUGGAAAAUAUCAAAGAGAAGUUCUCCUUUGAGCCCAAAAUCCGUUCACCUCGACGAUUCAUCGGCAGCCCAAGAACGCCUCUCAGCCCAGUCAAGUUUUCAGGAGGGGACUGGCCGCGGAGCUCACUCCUCCCGAGCGGAGAUCCGACUCUGCUCCAGUCUCCUCAGGACCAGGCCAUGGAAGUCUCCACUCCAGAGCAGAUGGAUGUGACCACCAACUCGGAAGCCUCCGCGCCUCUUCCAAUUCGUCAGCCUACCGGGGUCAACCUGGCUCUGAUGAAGCAACAAGCGUACCCCGUGGCAGCAAAAAGGCCCGAGCAUUUACGUAUGAACCUAUGACCCAGCUCGCCUGCUUGAGUUUAUUUCUUGACUUUUUUUUUUUCUUUUUCGUAUUUUUAAGAAGCAAAGCAAAAAGGUAUGGAUGCUAGAGACAAUGUCAAUCAAAUCUUGCCCAACACACGCUGCAUGUGCUGUCACAGCCUGGCGGUGGAACGCUGGUCCAGGAUGCCAGCAUGCCUCGGUUCAUUUAUCAGUGUUACCGUCUUGCAUUGUCGUUGCAACGGUUCUCCACAGACGCUUCUGGUUUCUCCACAUUUGACCCUCUCCCACCACAUCUUCCCAAGUUGGAGCUCAGAAGAACCAGAGACAUUUCAGAGGACCUGCAGCAAGAGAUUUUUUAGCAGAAAGGGUGAUCUGCUGUUCAAGAAGCCAUCCAACUGCUUUGUGCUGAAUUAGCGAAUGCCAUUGAAGAAGGUGCUCAUGCUGCUGGGAGACGGCACACAGAUUCAAAAAAAAAAAAAAGAUGCAAUUGGGUCUAAAGUUCAAAAUGUAUUGGUGGCUUUAGCUUUCAUCGAAUGUUGUGCUAUGCAUUAAUUAUGAAUAAGAAAGCCUAAGUUAAACAUAUCAGUUAUGUUUGGAAAAAGUGGACUUUUUACAUUUUGGGGACAUUAUGGGUUAAAUGUGUUCAAAAGGCCCAAACUGAAUUAAUCUGCUCCCCAUUUGGGGUAUAGAAUUGGAUUAUUAUCAUUGGACUAAAAUUAUGAAGAAAUGCCAUCCCUUUCCCGUUGCCAACAGGUGAUCUCGACGCUGUUUGCAGUUUGAAUGUUCUCAAAAAAGUUUGGGCUGCAUUAUUCGCUACCUCCAUCAAGCCCUGUUGUUUGCGAGGACAUUUGAACAUUUCUGGUGAAGCAAGGGGAAUUAUAAUAAAAC